AAUUAAUAUCUCACAAAUUGUUUAGGAGUGUUUUAAUAUAUAUAUAUAAAUAAACAACAAUUCAAUUAGGUUAGGAUACUCUCUUUAAUAGAAAUAUUAGGGACAUAAAAAAUGAUUGAAGGGAGUGAUUUAAAAUCGCAAGAAUUUAACCAGAGCGUUUUAAAUUUGUAAACCUAGAAUCAGAUUGCGAGCGUCAAUGAUACCUAAGAAAACAUUUACAAUUCAAACUAUUAAGCUAGUUUAAAUAAUGAUUAACUCUAAAAUGUAGAAGAUAUAGCUAGAUUACAAUAAAACAAUAUUUCUAAGCAAGCUUUUAACAUGGAAAAUCAUGAAGAAAUAUACAAGAUAGCCAUGAUUAAAGAGGAAAGUGAUAUUAAAUCAAUAAGCCUAGAUGAAGAUUCCGUUAAAUAAUAUAAAAAACCUUAAGUUUUAACUUCGAGUAAAAAGAUUAAUAUUUCUGACAGUAAAGAUAAGAGCUAUAAAUAGAGGGAGAACAGUUUACUAAGCUUUUUUAAGAAAAAAACGAUUACAAAUUAACCAUUUAAUGAAAGUGAUGAUGGGGGAUUUACUAGUCAGUUAUGGUAGCAUAGGGCUAUGAAAAUAAUUUAAAAAGUAAUUUAUUUCAGCAGCUAAAUGUUACAACUCUCAGCUACUGUAAGAUUCAGAUUACUGAAAAAAAAAUAAUUGCUAAUAUUAAAUGAUGUAACUGCAGUGGAUAUUAACAAAGAAUAAAUGGAUAAGCAAAGAUACCCGAAUGCUAAAAACCUGAUUUGGUCAAUAAAAACGCCUGAAAUAUCUCUGAAGAACCAAAAAGAUCUCAUGAAAUCUCAAAUGCUAAUUUACCUUGCUAAUUAGUAAAAACAGUCUAUAUUAAAGCAGCUUAAUAAUGUCUUUAUCCGCUUAAUGGCAAAAAUACCAAUUAUAUCUCCGGACUCUCAUCUCAAAAUUAUCUGGGAUAUAUUUUUUAUGAUAUUUAUCUUAUUCAAAAUUAUGACCAUACCAAUGAUUCUUUCUUAUGAUUUGGAGAUUUUAUGCUCAAAUAAUGGAGGAAUAUGUGUUGAAGAGUUUACUUCUGUUAUACUGAUGUCUAUUGACAUGUUGUUGUGUAUGAAUACAGCUAUUUUUAAGCAGGGAACACUUAUUAACAAAAGACUAGAAAUAAUAAAAAAUUACAAAAAGUAAUUCUUUUAUGACUUGAUAGUUUUGAUAUGCUACAGUAUAAGCAUUAUAGUAGGGAAUGAUUAUUUAAAAUUAAUCAUACUUGUAAAAUUAUAUGAAAUUACACAUAUUGUCAUGUUCCUUGAAGAGAUCUUCCAUCCCACUCAGAUUGUUUAUAGUUUAAUAGAUAUAGGAAAAAUCAUUUUCAUAGUUAUUUUUAUGGCUCACAUGGUGUCUUGCUUUAUCUAUAUAAUUUCUAAAAAUCAACCAGUUACUGGAAAUACUUGGAUUACGAGGUUGAAUUACAAUUCAUGGGUAGAAUACUACAUCACAGGUCUUUACUUUGCGAUUAUAACAAUGAUUACUAUUGGAUAUGGAGAUGUUGUACCAGUGACAAUAUAUGAGAAAAUAUUUGUGAUGGGAAUGACUCUUGUUUCAUGUGGUGUAUUUGCUUAUUCUUUGAAUACAAUAUCCAGAAUUAUCUCUGAAUUUUCAAUGAGGAGAUCUAAGUUUAGAAAGAAAAUGAUUCAUUUGAACAUGCACAUAGAGAGCAGAGGUCUGAAUAAAUAAAUAGCCAUUAAAGUUAGAAAGUAUUUAGAGUUUUUCUAUAAAGAAAGUGAACAAGAAUGGGAAAAUUCAGAAAAAGAUCUUUAAUACAUUCCUUAGACUUUGAAAGAUGAAGUCUACUAAGAUAUCUAUGGAAAUUUAUUGAAAAAUAGCAAACUAUUCAACUUAAAUUUUUCUGAAAAAUUUCUUAAUUAAAUAUCUCUCUUCAUGAAAGAAAAGAAAUAUGGACCUGAAGAAGUUAUUUAUAGGCCUGAUGAACAAGGAUAAACUUUAUAUUUUAUAAUCAAAGGCAUUGUGGAACUUUAUUUACCAGUGAAAAAUCCUUCUGAUAAUGAGCAUCCUGUUGUAUCAACACUAAAAAAAGGAGAUAGUUUUGGAGUGUAUUCAUUUUUUAGUGGAAAAUGCAGAGAAACUGGAGCUAUUAGCAAAUAGGUGACUUCAGUCGUAGUUUUAGAGCUCAGAGAUUUUUUUUAAACUAUUAAAGAAUAUGAAGAGGAUUAUGAAAUUUUUUGUAUGAUGAAAGAUAAAAUUAAUUUGAAUAAUAGCACGUUUGGCUUAGACGUUAAGUGUAAGUCCUGCGGAAAAUUCAAUCAUUAACUUUAUGACUGUCCUUUAAUAACCUAUAGGCCUAAGAAGUAACUUGUUAUUGCUAGGGGUAAUAGGAGUGAGCCUUAGGUUAGAGCUUCUUGUGAAAGAAGAAAUAUGAGAAGCCCUAAUAGUUUAUACAUUUGGAAGUAUAUUAGGUCUUUUGAUUCUGAAAUUUUGAAGAAUGGAAGAUAAAAAAGUGUAAGCAGCAUGACUAAAUUAGAUGAGUUUGUGCUUGAAAAAAAAUAAAGUUACAGUUAAAGACCAAGCAACAAAUUUUAAGAGGGAAUAUGUGAAGAAGACGAAGAAGAUUUUAAUGAGGAAGAAGAUUUAAAUAACUCUUAAAAACCAUUUGAGGAAAUUCUCUAUCCAAAAUCGCUGUCUAACAUUUCUAAUAGUGGGGGAGUUGUUGCUACUUAAAAUUUUUAAAAUAACUCAACUAAAAAAAUGCUCAGCUAAUAAGGUGGAUCUAAUCUUGCUUUCUGCACCCAAACACCUUUAAGUAUGGCAGUGUCUAACUAACAGAAUAAUAAUUCAGUUAUAGUUUAUACACUUCCGAAUAAUGCUAAUGGAAGUUUUCAAGAGAAUAUUUUAACUUAAAAUUCAUGUAAUUUAGGAAUUAAUUAACCUAAUUCUCCAUCAAAGUUUAAAAGAAAUGCUGACAGAGAAGAAGCAAUGAAAUGUUUUUAGAAUAAAAAAUCUAGCGGGUAGCAGAUGUCAAAGUAGAUUGAUGAUUUAUCUCUUUAAAUAAAAGAUAAUGGUUCAAACUAUUCAUAAAAGAAGAAGAAAAAGGCAUAAAAAGUAUCUAAAUAAUAUUAAAGUACUUUGCACAGUUACAAUAGCACUUUGAAUUUCACUCAUGGGUUUUAGGCUAUGAAUUCUAAUGGUAGUUCACAUAAUCAAAAUAAUUUUAAUUUGUAAAUAUAACACUAAAGCUCUCAACAAGCUUCUUAAAAUAAUAAUAACAACAGCAAUAUAAAUCAUACACACAGUUUAAACUAUGUAUAUAAUACACCAUCUAUUAAUAAUAACUAGAAUAGCAACAAUGUUAAUUAUUUAAAUAAUAACAAUAACAACAUGAGUAAUUUAAACAAUGUUUAUGCACAUAAUAAUAUAUAAAAUAACUAAAAUUUAAAUACAAAUUAAAAUAAUUUAAUAAAUCUAAUGAUACACUAGCAACCAACUUUCCAAGAAUUAGUAAAAUAAGUCACUCAAGAAAACAAUGAUUAGAACAGCCAAAAUUACCAGCAAGUAUACUACAAUCAAGUUUCAGACUAAAUUACUAAGACUGAUAAUUUUAUGCUAGAAUCAUGGUUUUCAAUAAUCUUAGACUUUGAUAAAUCUAAGUGUUUCAAACGAUAUUUACCUCAUAAUAACUUGGAUAAAGUUUUAGCAAGAUUUAAAUUUUUAGAAUUCAAAAAGAUGAAGAGUAGAUUGACUAAUAUACUGAAGAAAGGCUCUUAAACAAAUAUUAAGGAAAAAAUUAGCCUAAGCUAAGUAAUUAAGUAAGCUGAGAGAAUAAGAAAACAAAGAAGAAAGCUUUCCCUAUAUGUAACUUAGCAAAGCUAAAGUGAAAGUAAUCUAGAGAAAAGAAAUAAACACAUCAAAUAAGCUUAAUCUUUCAUUAAUGAACAAUCAAAUGAACUAUCUAAAUUUAAAAGCUUCUAACUUAAUCUAGGGGCUAUUAAUACUGGUGAAUAGAAAUUCAAAGAAUUUUCUAAAAGUGAAAUCUAAUUAAGAGAGUAGGAUCAGGAGGAUGAUAAAGAUUUUUAGAAAAACUAAACAAUUUAAAUAUGAAAAUCCCUUUCAAAAGAAAAAACGUAUUGAUUUCAAUUUAACCUUAUCUCAGUAUUAUUAAAAAAAGAAAAUAAACGAUGUUAAAAAUUAAAAUAAACUAUUACUAUAUUACCAUAAUUAUAAAUAAAUAUAAACAUAUAUUUAAACAUAAAUUUAAUCAAUAAAAUCUUAGCUAGGAAAUAAUUAUCAAUUAAACUAAAAUCAAUCACAAAUAUUUAUGAAUUCAGAAAUCAAUUGCUUUUUAUAAAAAGGCUUGUAUGUUAGAAAAUUUUCUGACAGAAUGUUUAUUGUUUAUAUAAUUAACGCAUUUAAAUAAUCUAUUGUGAGAAUAAUUAAGCAGUAGGAAAUAAUAAAAAACCUUUUAGCCAUAUAACGAUAAAAUCAAGCAAAUACUCAUACACAUUUAAACAAAGAUUAAUAAUUAAACAAAUUAAUUGUAAUCUGUAAUUUUGUUUUCACUUUGAUGAAAGUUUAUAUCAUUAAAUUGAUAUAUUCUUUUAUAAAUUUAGUUAAAAAAUUAAUUUAUAAUUCUUUCUACGCUUGUAAAAGCUUAUAGAUUUAUAAAUUUUACAUAUUUUAAAUUCUAUUUAUUCUUUUUAAUUAUCAAAAAUAAAUUUACC